AUGUCAGCCCACUUCACGUUUAAUGUGCCACCACCAGCUGGCCAAACCUUACCAUUUCUGGUCAAGAUACAACAUGUGAAUGCAAAGAAAAGCCUAGAUGCUUCUGCUCGCAAAGCAUCGUCUUCUGCUAUCGCUAGGUAUCCAUCACUCCCAUUCCACUCGCGCCGCGCUGUCCUGAACUCAAUGUUUAGCUUAACCAGGGAUAUGGCCCAAGGUUUCGUGACUAUUGCCACAGAGGUCGCGCCUAAUAUUAGCAGGACAGUUCACAAGGUAAUAACUAACGCGCACACCAUGGUGCAGCAAAUUGCAGGCGAUAGUGCCAGCACUGCCUUUAAGGUGGCGGGAGACAUCACCUGCACCGGAACGAAGAUCGUGGAUAGUUCAGUCGGCACCUUUGCCAAGGUUAGGUCCGAUGUCGCGGGCACCGCAAAUAAGAUCGCGAACGAUGCUAGCGAUAGCCUCCUAGACACAGCUAUCACCAGCAUCCCGAGCAAGGCUCUCUACGACGGCCUGUAG